AUGACUACCAACCACAUGAACAGUUUUACCACGCUCAUCAAGCGGCUUGAGGCUGCCACCUCCCGUCUGGAGGAUAUGGCAUCCUCGCUCGAGAGCUCAAAUCCAAGCAGCCCUGCUGCUGGUGGUUCCAUAACAAAAAUUUCCAUAGCAUCUCCAAACAAUGCGUCUCCUUCUAUUCCUCCCACCACUGUCGUUAAACCGCCACCUGGCCAGAUCGAAGACUUCGAUGCGCUGAUCAACAAGGAAGUGAAGAACUUUAUCGAGCUCAGUAAAAAGAUAGGAGAACCAGUGGAAGCACAGGCUAAAACCGUCCUUCAAGCCUUCGAAGCUGAAAGGACAUAUAUCUACGUCACUUUAAAAGCCAAGAAACCAGAGCAGCAGCCUCAAGAUCUACUGACAGACUUGCGCAAUGCUUCUACCGAAAUCAACAACAUACGAGAAUCAAACCGACAAUCUCCUCUCUUCAAUCACCUGAGCGCCGUAGCGGAAGGAGUCAUGGCUUUGGGUUGGUUUCUUGAACCCAGGCCAGCGGAAUUUGUGCGGGAAAGCAUAGCGGGUGCCGAAUUCUAUGGAAACAGAGUGCUUACGCAGUACAAGGGAAAGGAUGAAACCCAUGUCGCCUACCUUCAAGCAUAUUAUCAGAUCUUUAAAUCCCUUGUUAGCUACAUCAAAAAUCACUACCCCACAGGUUUGACCUGGAACAAUCGAGAUGGAGUCGACGUAAUGGAGGCUUUGAAACAGGUCCAGUCUGGAUCACCAAUGGGAGCCUCGCCACCACCACCACCUCCUCCUCCCCCGCCUCCUCCCGCCGGCGCAGGUGCCCCCCCACCCCCACCCCCUCCGCCCGCGGGCCAAGCCCUGCCUCCAAAGAAAUCCUCAGGUGGCGAUAUGUCUGCUGUUUUCAAUCAAUUAAAUCAAGGAUCCGCUAUCACCUCCAGUCUCCGGAAGGUUGACAAGUCGGAAAUGACACAUAAAAAUCCUAGCCUUCGGGCUGGCUCGAUUGUCCCAGAACGCAGUACCUCAAUGGGUAGCGUGACAUCUCCCACUUCUCGUGGCAAAUCUCCAGUUCCAAGCAAGAAGCCAAAACCUGAAAGUAUGCGCGCUAAAAAGCCCGCUCGCAAACAGCUCGAUGGUAGCAAAUGGUACAUUGAACACCAUGACAGCCCUGCCGAUAUCAUCGAGAUUCCCGCCCAACUCUCACACUCAAUCUUAAUAUCCCACUGCAACAAAGCAAUCGUUAAAGUCAACGGCAAAGCAAACGCCAUAUCCAUCGACAACUGUGCCGGCCUCUCCGUCAUCGUUGACUCUCUUGUCAGUAGCAUUGACGUUGUCAAGGCCCCCAAAUUUGCGCUGCAGAUUGACGGUGUUGUGCCAACUAUCCUUCUCGAUCAGGUUGAUGGCGCGACUAUAUACCUAAGCGAGGAAAGUUUGACAACUGAGAUAUUCACCAGCAAGUGCUCCAAUGUGAAUAUCGUGGUGCCGCCUAAGGAGGCAAUGGACGACGAUUCCAAGGAAUUGCCUGUGCCCGAGCAAAUUCGAACCUUCAUCAAGGAUGGAGUUGCCGUGAGUGAAAUUGUUGAACAUUCUGGAUGA